AUGAGUUGGAAUACUAUAAGUCAAUUUUGGCCUCCGAAGCCUGACUUUACUGAGACAGACAUCCCAGAUGGCUCUCUUGCUGGGAAAGUGAGCAUUUCCUUUCUUCGGUCACUUCACCUGAUAUAUGUUACAGUACUGUAUAUUAUGUACCUAAAUUUGCUGACCAACAUAAUAGGUAUACAUCGUAACAGGUUCCAACACCGGCAUCGGUAAAGAGUUAGCACAACUCCUCUACUCCAAAGCCGCAAAAGUCUACAUCGCCGCCCGCUCAAAAGACAAAGCCCUAAAAGCAAUCGAGGACAUCCAAGCCAAGCACCCAGAAUCCAAAGGACAAUUAGUCUUCCUUCCCCUCGACCUGGCUGAUCUCAGCACAAUCAAGGCGUCAGCAACCGAGUUCCUCUCCAAAGAACAGAAACUCCACAUCCUCUUCAACAACGCCGGUAUCAUGGACCCACCCGCGGGGUCGAAAUCCGCUCAAGGCUACGAAUUACAGCUGGGAGUCAACUGCCUCGGUACCUUCCUCUUCACCAAGCUCCUAACCCCCAUUCUGGUCUCCACCGCGACCUCAGAACCAUCUGGCUCUGUUCGUGUGGUUUGGGUUUCCUCCGCUGGUGCAGAACUAGGAUCGCCCAUUGGAGGAGUAGAAAUGGAUAAUCUCGAUUACAACCGCGAGAAAAGCAAUCCUGAGAAAUACGCCAUUAGCAAAGCAGGGAACUACCUCCACUCGACCGAAUUCGCCAAGCGGUUCAAGAAGGAUAGGGUGGUCAGUAUUGCGUUGAAUCCUGGGGCGCUGAAGAGCGAUCUUUACAGGAACCAGAGUUGUGUUGCGCAGGCUUUCACGGGGUUGAUUACGUAUGAAGUCAUUUAUGGUGCUUAUACCGAGUUGUUUGCUGGAUUGUCGGAUAAGAUAUCGCUGGAGAAUUCGGGUGAAUGGGGUGAGUUUUUCUUCUGAGUAUGAUGAUGGGAAGGGAUUGCUAAUCUGGGGUUUAGUCGGACCUUGGGGACGGUUGUUGCCUAUUAGAGCGGAUAUGCUUGAGGCUUCGAAGUCGAUGGCUGAAGGGGGAACUGGGAAUGGAGAGAAGUGGUGGGAGUGGAGUGAGGAGCAGGUAAAGCCGUUCCUGUGA